AUGAAGUUUGCAAAGGAAUUGGAGGAUGAAGCCGUUCCAGAGUGGAGGGUCAAGUAUCUGGACUACAAGGCAAGCCUCAGAAUGUACAACCCUCAUGUGGACUUAUCAACUAAUUUGUACCAGCAAGGGAAGAAGAAAAUCAAGGCCAUUUCAAGAGCCCUGCGAAAUCUCAACCGGACGCCUGGUUCUCCGGUCCGGCCUGCUUUACUUCCCGAAGACAACUUAGAAAGAAUCCCCUUUACUCACUAUGACUUCUACCGACCGCGGCCGACUACCACUCAAACUACUCGAUCGCUGCCUGAGGUGGAAGGGAUCGAGCGGGAGCGAGCUGAAGAUCCAUACCAACGGCCUGAAACUGCACAGGCAAGCCGGACUUUGUUCGCGCAUUCGCCUCCUAUCCUCGUCCCCCACACACAAGGUGCAAGUGACGCGCCAACGCCGGAGAGAAGACCAUUACAUGAUGACCAUGGAUACACGUCUAGCCGAAGACGGAUGAAGAACUACGGGAGCAUUGUCGGCACUCCAUCACCAGAGGAGACGCCUGGACAAUUUGCGGCCCUUGAAUUGCCAGAUCCUGCGCUCACACCGACUCGAACUCGAAUCGACACUGACGAAGGAAUACCGCCCGCUGUCGAUGGUCUCCAUCUACCCGAGGCGGCGCAGGUACCCUCCGCUCCUGAUCCCUAUCAUGUCGGUGAAACCACCUCACCUCACAAACACAAUAUUGGGGGAAGUCUUACCAAAGCCAUGUUCAAGCGCCGACACGCCGACAAGAGUCAAUCAAUAGCUGGUACGAAGCCGAAUACACAUCCCCGUUCUAGGCUCAGGAGGUUCUUCUCCGCGUAUCCUUUAGACGAGCCCGGGGCGAGUGAUGUUCAGCUUGAAGCCUACAGAGAUCUCGAUGGCAAACAGGCCGAUUUCUUUACGUUCUUAGACAAGGAGCUGGAGAAGAUCGAAUCGUUCUACAAAAUGAAAGAGGAGGAGGCGACAGACCGUUUAGGGAUUCUUCGGAAUCAAUUACACGAGAUGAGAGAUCGCAGACUAGGGGAGAUACUGGAAACGCAGAAGGCCAUGGAAACCUCUGAGCAACCUGCUGGGGGUGUCGGGUUGCCUUCGAAUGAUCAGUCGAGAACCUCGAGCAAGGAGAACGCGUACCCCAACGGCAACGGUUCAGCCUUCAUCAAGAAACCCAUUGGGGAGGCUCUAGGGCGUCGAACCGCCAUCGGUAAGACCUCACAAGCGAUGCAGCAACUGAGUUCUCCUCCCGGCCCUAAGGCACGGAGGUGGAUCAAGGAUGCCAAUCAAGACUACGUUCGACACAAGCGUCCAAACGACGUCCCAUAUAGAUUCGCGAAGAGACGGCUCAAGCAGGCAUUGCAAGAGUACUACCGAGGGUUGGAGUUACUCAAAUCUUACGCCUUGUUAAACCGCACCGCUUUUCGCAAGAUAAACAAGAAGUACGACAAGCUCGUACAGGCCAGACCAACGCUUCAAUACAUGUCGGAGAAGGUGAACAAUGCUUAUUUCGUACAAAGCGACGUGGUCGACAACCACCUCAUUGCGGUCGAAGAUCUAUAUGCUCGAUACUUUGAACGUGGAAACCACAAGAUGGCUGUCAGAAAGCUUCGAUCCCGGUCAGGAGUCGGCGACCAGUCAGGAACCACUUUCCGUAAUGGCCUCUAUGUUGCAGCAGGCACUUGCUUUGGCAUAUCCGGACUCGUUCAAGGUGCGAAGCUACUGUUCGACCAGGAUCCAACAAUAUCGACAAAUACGAGCUACUUGCUGCAGCUCUAUGCCGGCUACUUCCUCGGCCUGCUUCUGUUUCUUCUAUUUUGUCUUGACUGCCGAAUCUGGACCCAGGCACAUAUCAACUACGUUUUUGUAUUCGAGUUCGACACUCGGCAUGUCCUCGACUGGCGGCAAUUGUCCGAACUGCCAUGCUUCUUUUUGUUUCUGAAUGGGUUGUUCCUCUACAUCAAUUUUCAACAAGCCCCUGGCGCUGGGUUCUACCUUUACUGGCCAGUCGUGCUAAUCGCUAUCACACUGAUCAUGAUGGUCCUUCCGUUCAAGGCUCUGUACUACAACGCAAGGAGAUGGUGGGGGUAUUCGAACUGGAGACUUCUGCUUGCUGGCCUCUACCCUGUGGAGUUUCGGGACUUUUACUUAGGUGACAUGUACUGCUCCGAGACUUAUGCUAUGGGGCAGAUUGAAGUCUUCUUCUGUCUCUACGUCAACGACUGGAACAAUCCGGUGCAAUGCAACUCGAGCCACUCCCGUCUGCUGGGCUUUUUCAGCGCCCUUCCGGCCAUAUGGCGUUCUUUCCAAUGUCUACGCCGAUACUAUGAUACACGCAACUGGUUCCCUCAUCUGGCCAACUUUGUCAAAUACCUCGGCAACAUUUCUUACUAUAUGACAUUGUCGCUCUAUCGCAUUGAGAUGAAUAGCCGGUUCAGAGCGGUGUUCAUCACAGUUGCCGCUGUCAAUGGUGUCUACGCUUCCUUUUGGGACGUGUUCAUGGACUUCAGUCUCGGAAACCCGUGGGCUAAGCAUCCAUUCCUACGCGACCAACUUGCGUACAAGCAAGUCUGGGUCUACUACGUGGCGAUGAUAUUAGACGUCGUGCUUAGACAACAAUGGAUCCUGUACGCGAUUUUCACGAGUGACGUGCAGCACUCGGCGUUCAUGUCCUUCUUUGUCAAUCUGGCCGAAGUCCUCCGCAGAGGCAUGUGGUCUUUGUUCCGUGUCGAGAACGAACACUGCAACAAUGUGGGCAAGUUCCGCGCCUCAAGGGACAUCCCAUUGCCCUACGACAUUCCCGAGUCUCCUGGAGUGCCAUCCAAGACCUCCUCGUCACUUGCUCGAAGGAGACAAAACCCAACUCUCCUAGGUGAGGAGCCAGCCCAGCCCGACUUGCACCACACAACCGGAAUCGACGUUGAGGAAACUGCGGUGACCGUCUCGCCGUCACUCCGCCGCCGGAGGACAUCGACGUCUUUGACACCGCGCAUGACACCACGCACCCCGGGAAUGCGUGCCUUGCAACGCGUGGGCACGGUGAUCGCGGCCGCACACGCACAAGAUUUUGAGAAGCGCCGUAGACCCGAGGUGGAAGGAGCCGAAGGGGCAGGCGACGGAAGUCUGGAUGCUGGCGGUAGCAGUGACGACGAUGACGACGAUGACGACGUCGUCGCCGAGGACGAUGGUGGAGACGAAGAGCUUGCGGAGCUUCAACGUCAGGAGCGACAGGAACGGGAGAUGGAUGAUCGAGAGAUUGCAGAAGUUGACCGGCUGACAAGUCAAGCGAGGGAUAGCGGUAGUUAA